AUGUCAGAAUCCGUACCUGCCAAUGUGCAGCAGCUGCGAGCCAUGUUCGAAGGGGGCGAUACAUCUACUAACGCGACGCAAAGCACAGAAAAUGAGGCGUUUAUUACGAAGCCCAGUCUAAAACCAAAGCCGGCGCACUUGUCCAAGGCUGCUGACCGAGCCGGUGCGGACUCGGCCAAGUUAUCUGGGGACAAGCCUUCCGACCCCCGGCAGGGCAUUCAGGCAAGUGAGGCAGACACCCCCAUCCAUGCACAAAGCAGUGUCCUAAGUACAGAGGCCUUGAGUGAAAGUGAUUCUCAGGAAAACGCUACAAAUGCACAAAGCACAGGCAAUGAGCGAGCCUCUAGUUUGCCUUUGGAGUCCAUUCAGGCACCCAUGUCAAAUAUGUCCCUUUCUGACGAUAAAAUGCAGCAUGAUCAUGUCAUAUUACCAGAGCCGCAUUCACCCUCUCUGGAAAAGAGUCCUGCAAACGAGGAUCCUGCCUCCACUGAAGUUACAGAUACCAACGCUUCUCAAAGUACAAAUCGAACACCAAUUAAUGUAAACGUAUCGGAGAAGAAAUGCAAGCCACAGCUUCCACCUCGUCCUCCCAAACCACAUGCAGAGAAGUCAGUGGCAUCAUCUUCAUCAUACGUCGCUCGACGCCCGGCUCCAGCUCGUCCAGCCACAAAACAUUCAUUGCAUGCUAGGACUCCGAGUGCGGCGGAUGCGGAAGGAACUCAAGCUACCGCUAUGCGUGCUGCACCACCCAGUUCCGGUCAGGUACCUUCGCGCUAUGACAUAUGCUUUGACUCCAUUUGUACAGACUCAUCGUCUCCUAUUGCCCGUUCUGGUACCGUGUAUGAAGUAUGGAUGCGCAGUGGCCUGCCUCAAGAUGAGCUGGCAGCGAUCUGGAGAGUUGUGGCUGGCAGCGACCCGACUAUCGAGGGUCUUUCGCGUACACAAUUUACAACAGGUCUCCGCACAAUUGAUUCUUAUCUACGUCGCGAUUACAUUUUGAGCAGCACCGCAUCAGGUCCCAGCCCCGCAUCUGCUGCCCCUGUCUUGCCGGCGCGCUCUUAA